CAACCGUGCUGCUAUUCCUGCUCCGCUGACAGUCUGCUGCUACUUUACACUUCAAGAACAGUUAUGGCAGAUAUCAGCAAAACUGAAAAGGUUCAGCUGCACGCCCCAGAUUUAGAGGAACUGCGUGGAGUACUGCAAGCAGGACUGGAAGACAACUUUGCAGAAGUUCAGGUUAGUGUUGUGGACUGUCCCGAUCUCACCAAGGAGCCCUUCAAGUUUCCUGUCAAAGGCUUGUGUGGAAAGCCUCGCAUCACUGAUGUUGGUGGUGUGCCGUACCUGGUCCCCUUGGUUCAAAAGCACAAGGAAUACAACAUGAACACCAUAUCAAAGGAAGUGGAGCUGCCAGGAGCCUUCGUCCUCGGUGCAGCAGCUGUUCCCAGCAGAAUAGUUGGAAUGAAUGCAGAGCUGAUGCCUCUGGUUCUGACCGAAGCAGAGGGAAGGCCUGCAGUGAACGGCAGCUACUUUGCCUCCAUCAACCCAGCUGAUGGCCAGUGUCUGCAAGAAAAAUACAGCAACAAAUUCUCUGGCUGCAGCUUUGGACUGCUGGGCAAUCUGUACGCCUGUGAGGGGAAGUCUGGAAAGGUCAUUGAGGUGCGGGCCAAGAAGAGAACAGGAGUCCACAGUCUUGUGACGGCCCUGAGGAAGACUCUUGAAGGGCGCUACCCUGAUAAAAGCCUGGCUCUGGGGGGCACCUUCAUCAUCCAGAAAGGGAAAGCCAAAAUCCACAUCAUGCCAAGAGAGUUCUCGGUCUGCCCCCUCGACACCAACGACGACGUCAACAACUGGCUCAAGCACUUUGAGGUCAGCGCCCCACUCAUCUGCCAGUCAGUGCUGGUAUCCAGAGACCCCGGUUUGGACCUGCGCGUAGAGCACACCCACUGCUUCAGCCACCACGGAGAAGGUGGCCACUACUACACAGACACCACACCCGACAGCGUGGAGUACCUGGGCUACUUCAUGCCGGCAGAGUUUGUCUACCGCAUCGACAGGCCCCAAGACACCCACGGAGUCGGACGAGAUUAAAAGAUGAAUGAAUAAGUCAUGUUUUCAGGACAGCAUGUCUCGAUGGUCUAGAUUAUUCACGCAGUGUGUAAUUUUUAUUAAGUUCUCUGGUUCUAAGACUGCACAGAAACUUACUUAUUUCCAAUGAAAAUGCAACAUUUCUUUUAAAUCUUUGCUUUUAAAUCACAUCCCUAAAAAUUCUUAUACAUUUCUUACAAACAAAAUCAGCACAUUUCAUGUAAUAAAAAACAAUGUUGAAUUCCGAUAGUCAUGGCUGUUUGUUCAAUGGAUGCAGUAGAAUAGUAGAUGUGGGACCUUGGACUACGUAGUUGCCUGCCAACUCAAUCAUGAUUUAAAAAAGUACAAGACAGACCGGAUCAGACAGUAACAGUAAUGUCUUUGUUCUCUCUGCACAGAGAGGAAACUAGGACAAUCAUUUUUUUAAGCGCACAGGUGUUUUCACUUUUUCGCUUAAUUAGAUCUCC